UUUUUAAUCCGUCACUAUAGUGUGUCCAUUAUUGUGCUUGUGUGAUAAAAUAACAGGAUAUGAGUAUAGUUUCAAGUGCUUUCUUUUCUGUAGAAACGGGUCAUGUGGUGUGUAGCAGCUAUAAAAGCUUUAAAUCUUGUUUCACAUCCUUUUGUAUUACCCGACCGAUGUGGAAGUAAGUCUUUUGGUCUUUUGUAAGGUUCAACGCCUAGUUUUCUCCAUUUCCCCCGAGGUGAGAAGUGUCUGCAGACCAGUGUGUGAAAAUGGCAGCCAUCAUGUUACUGGGUGUCUUCUUUGUUUCAGGUAAACUGUUCCCUCACUGCAAAGACAACAUCUGUGCUCUGGCUUCUUGUCCUGAACAUGCUCAGCCUCUUGUUACCACACCUCAGGAGAUGGAAGCACUGAGUGGAUCCUGUCUGCAGAUCCCAUGUAACUUCAGCAUAAAUGCAGAAGAGACAUUUGACCGUACAGGACCAACAUCCGGAUUGUGGAUUAAAUCUGAUUAUUAUUACAUUUUUGGAAGUAAAGUGGUUUUCAACGGCAACAUGAUGGAAAAUAUCUAUCCGAUGAGUCUUACUGGAGACCUGAGUCAGAACGAUUGCUCGACCCUAUUUUCCAGUGUAAUCACAAGUUACACAGGCAGCUACCUCUUUAGGAUCGACAACCGGCGCAGAAUGGAAACUUGUGAUCCUCUUCAAAUAAAAGUUAAAGAUUCUCCUCCGAGCCCCACCAUUGAGAUCCCAGGUGAUCUGAAGGAGGCGGAGUCUGUCACUGUAACCUGCUCAGCUCCAGCUCCCUGUCCACACUCCCCUCCUAAACUCACCUGGACUCUCCAACAAGACCCUCCCAACACAAUGGAGGAAAACCCAGAUCGGACCUUCACGACUAAGAUCCAGAAGACCCUCAUUCUGACAGACCAACAUGAUGGAUUCAACAUCACCUGCUCUGCCAGCUAUCCUGUGAAUCAAGGGAAAGAUGUGAAGACAGCAGAGGAGACAAAGACUCUCCAUGUUUCAUACGCUCCCAAAGAUGUCACGGUGGUCGUCAGUCCAGCUGAUCCUGUGUCAGUCGGCAGCGUGGUGAAUCUGACUUGCUCCUGCAGAGGAAUCCGUGCUGCCGACGGCUUUGCCUGGCUCAUGAUGAUGAGUGAUGGCCGACUGCACACGAUGGGAGAUAACACACAGCUUUAUGUAUUUGAAGUCACCAACAGUGAUCGAGGCAGAUCAUAUUUCUGUGGGUGCAGCAAUGUGUUGGGCCUUCAACUAUCGAAAGGACGUGCGUUGAUAUUUGAAGGUGAUCAUGAGACGGUUGAUGGUCAUUUGAUACUGAAGAUGCUGGGAAUCAUAAUGCUCGUCAGUACACUGGUCAUCUUUGAAUGCUGGUUUAGAUCAAGGCGCUCUUCUAAACCAGAAAAGGUAUUCACCAGACGAGGAGAGGACGCAGCAGAAGCAGAAUAUCUCAACCGUGUUACAAACAUCCUGAGUCACAAAGAGGAAGGAAGACGUUCAGUUCACUUCUACUGAAAGAAAAUGCUGUAUUGAUUUGCCUUAUAUGUUCCACAUUAAGAAGGAGUGGCUUACAGGAUUGCAGUGAGUGGUGUGUUGAAAUUAAAAACAGGAUAUUAGCAGAGAGACGAAAUAUGGGUCAUGAUAUGGCAUCCAGCAGAUACAAAAGCCUGGUGUGUGUGUCCCCACUUCCUUUUGUCUCGCAAGACUAAAUACUGUAGAACAUUUGUUGGACACCUUACAUUACUUCCUGAAUUGCACAUUUUGGUAAGACAAUCAUUUCAAUGCUUUCUACAAAAUGUUCAGGUAUUUUUGGUUUAGGAUAACAAAUGUAUUUCGUAAUUAUUUGCCUUAGUGUGCCACUUAAAAUUAAGAUUUCUGUAAAUACUAAAUGUUCUUUGAAUAUGACCCUAAACCAGUGAAUGUUGAAGUGUUUCCUGCUCUUUGUCUCCAUUAAAUACACGCAAAAUUAAAAAGUUCUUCAUUAAUUUGUCUCACGUUAAACGUAAUCAUGGCACAUGAUUUUUAUUUUGUUCUUUUUCUUGGUAAUUGCUUAACUUGUAUUUCUGUUGGAUGCAUGUGAACUGUGUUAAAUACAAAACAAAUCAGGGGUUAAAAAAGAAUUCUGUGCAGAAGCUUUGAAUGUUAUACAAAUACAUUUAGAUAUCUAAGUGACUGUGUUGAUGAUGAUAAAAUGUAAUAUUUAAAAUGGUAAGCACCAACAUUAUGAAUUAAAUAAAGUUCAUACUUAUUGCUCUUGAAA